AUGUCGGUAGUUUUUGAAUCACUUCUCAUCAAGUUCAAACCCAUCCUUGUUGAACACCCCGAAUCCCCGCCGGCCUCAUUCUCAUCAGUGACCAAUCACCUCAAGUCGAUUCCCGGCGUCGAGUCUGUCUAUCUCGGCCGCCCUCUUGAGAAGCCCGACUACUGGGUCUUGGGCAUCCGCUGGAAUUCGCGCCCUGCAUAUGACACCUUCGUCUCCGGCGAUGCAGCUACUGAAUGGAACGCCUCCUUGCGUGCGCUCUUGACUGAGCAUCCCAUCACCAGUCCGACUGCAGAGUACACGGGCCGGGCCGAGCUCGCCCUGCAUGCCCCCGUGACAGAGUUCUGUACCUGCUGGGGCGCUGAUGAUACUUUCACCGAGGAUAACAUGAAGCCAUUCGCUGUAGCCUGCGAGGAAGGCGGGCUGGCUGGGUUCCACGGAUUGGCUUAUGGAGAGUUUGUUCAAGGAGAGCAUCAAGACCCUUCAGUCAUCCCAGGUCGUGCAUCAAGGCUGUUGCUAGGCUGGGAUAGCAAAGACGCUCAUAUGCAGCACAAGGACAGUGGAAGUGUAAUCGAUGAUAACGUGAACUACCUCCUUGCUCGGAACAAGGGUCUAGAGAUAUACCAUGUUCCUCUCACAAAGCUCUAG